CGCUGGGCGGGCCUGGCGGAGCCAUGGCGGCCGUGCGGGGCCUGCGGAUCUCGGUGAAGGCGGAGGCCACGGCCGUAACGGCGGAGCCGCGCGGCGCGGAGCCCGAGCCUAUGGAGGUGGAAGAGGGCGAGCUGGAGACCAUCCCCGUGAGGCGCUCGCUCCGGGAGCUCCUCCCGGACACCAGUAGAAGAUAUGAAAACAAAGCUGGAAGUUUCAUCACUGGAAUAGAUGUAACCUCCAAGGAAGCAAUAGAGAAAAAGGAACAAAGAGCAAAACGUUUUCAUUUUCGAGCUGAAGUGAAUCUUGCCCAAAGAAAUGUGGCACUGGAUCGGGACAUGAUGAAGAAAGCAAUUCCUAAAGUGAGACUGGAUACAAUUUACAUUUGUGGGGUUGAUGAGAUGAGUACACAGGACAUCUUUGCCUACUUCAAAGAGUAUCCUCCUGCUCAUAUUGAGUGGUUAGAUGACACAUCCUGUAACGUGGUCUGGCUUGAUGAAGUAACAGCAUCACGAGCCCUUAUAAAUAUGAGUUCACUGCCUGAUCAAGAGAAGCCAAAGAGCAAGGAAAACAGUGAAGAGAAAGCAGCUGAAAAAAACAAGAAAGGAAAAACAGAGGAAAGUUCUGAUGAUGAGACAGAAGAAGGCGAGGUUGAAGAUGACAAUCCAAGUGAUGUUGAGUUGGAUGCCCUCUCCCAGGUAGAAGAGGAUUCUCUCCUGCGUAAUGAUCUUCGCCCUGCCAAUAAACUGGCUAAAGGAAACAAGCUAUUCAUGAGAUUUGCUACUAAAGAUGAUAAGAAAGAGCUGGGAGCUGCAAGGCGAAGCCAGUACUACAUGAAAUAUGGCAAUCCCAACUAUGGAGGCAUGAAGGGCAUUCUUAGCAAUUCUUGGAAACGAAGAUACCAUUCGCGUCGAAUCCAUCGGGAUGUGAUAAAGAAAAGGACCCUCAUUGGGGAUGAUGUUGGCUUGACUCCUCCUUAUAAGCAUCGUCAUUCAGGCCUAGUAAAUGUUCCUGAGGAGCCUAUUGAGGAGGAGGAAGAGGAGGAAGAAGAUCAGGAUAUGGAUGAAGAUGAUAGAGUUGUAGUUGAGUACCGUGAUGAACUGCAAGCUUUCAAACAGUCUCGAGAUCGCAGCGCAGCCAGGCGAUCAAGUGCUAGUGCUUCUGAUUCUGAUGAGAUGGACUAUGAUCUGGAACUGAAAAUGAUAUCGACCCCCUCUCCCAAAAAAAGCAUGAAAAUGACAAUGUAUGCAGACGAGGUGGAAUCACAACUGAAAAACAUUAGGAACUCUAUGCGAGCAGAUAGUAUAGCAACCAGUAACAUCAAAAAUCGGAUUGGCAGUAAAGGCUCGUUGGAGAAGGUUGCAGAUGUGAGACUUCUAUUGGAAGAAAAACGCCAGAACAACAGUGGGCCACGUCAGCAAAACAGCAUCGUAAAAUCAGAUGUACGGCAGAGACUGGGAAAAAGACCCCAUUCUCCAGAAAUAAAACCUCCAAAUACUACCUCUGCUCCUCGUCGAGAACCAGUAUCAGAUGUACACAGCCGCUUAGGAAUACCCAAACAAGACGUGAAAGGCCUCUACUCAGAUACCAGAGAGAAGAAAUCAGGUAAUUUAUGGACUCGCUUAGGAUCUGCUCCGAAGACGCAAGAAAAGACUUCAGAUAAACCUGAAAAUUCUGUGGCAUCUACAGAGGAAGAUGAUUCGGAGCUCCAGCGGGUUUGGGGUGCUCUCAUUAAGGAAAAAGAACAGUCUCGACAAAAAAAGAGUCGAUUGGAUAAUUUGCCAUCUCUACAAAUUGAAAUCAGCCGAGAAAGCAGUUCUGGAUCAGACACUGAAUCAUGAUGGUUUUUACUUAAGAUCCUCAAGAUUAUGACUCUGCAAUAUGGCAAGAUUUCCUUUGCCCAAAAGCUGGACAUUGGCAAAGACUCUGCAGUGAAGGUUCCAGAAGUGUGUGCAUUCCUUUUAUAUGCAAAUAGAGAUGCAUCACCACUUAAAACCUAAAGCAAUCACAUUUGUCUGCAGUCGGUGGUUGGCCCUGUCAUACCUGUUUAUUACAGCAAACUUGUAAUUAAUUCUAGCAAAACACAUUUCCUCAAGCUUUGAACUUAGAAGAUGCAGAAAUACUCUGUGUUUUUAAGAAGACCUUUUCAUUCUUACUAUUUGUACCAUAGAGUCUUUUAACACAAUGUUUUACACAGUUCAUCCAAAGAACGGAGCAUUUCAUAGUGAACAACAUUGCCUUGCCCUUCUAGCUGUUACCAGCACCUUUUCUUUCCUCAUAAGUAAUAAAAAUAAUGCUUCC